AUGGCUGAAUUCCCCAAAUCCCUUAUAGAGCUUGUUUUGGCAGCUCAAGAGGAACCUGAGAAACACCCUUAUGGAAAUCCCACCUCGUGGCCAGCAGCAAAAAUCCAUGGUUUUGUUAACUAUGUACUCGAGCAUCUCGAGCAGUUCGCACCAAAAGAUCAGACCAAACAGCAAGCGUUGAAAGAAGUCCAAACCGCCAUGAAUGUUCUAUGGCCACCGACAGGCGAGAAAUAUGAGCUACCAAAGCCGAAGCAAAUCAUCGCUCGAAAAUUGGAACGGCCUAAGGGUGGCCCAAAGGAGCUCAUAGUUGACCCGAAUAAUACGUACAAAGACACAUCGUACUGGAACCUGUGGUCCCAUUUGGGGGUGUUUUUAGGGCUGUUGGGCCCGGCGCCUCCCAACUCGGAGGUGGCUAAUUUCUACGCGCCCAUGACCGCAAUGUGGGGAUGGUGGUGCAUCAGCCUCCUCGAAGCCGAUAAGACCAGUCUGAGCAAGUUCGCGAUGACCCAGUGCACUUGGUAUCGGAAUCCUGGAAAACAGGACGAGUUCCUCCUGGGCCACUCCCUCGGAGGCCACGAGCCAAAGGCGGCAGAUCGCUGGGAGGAGAAAGUCCAACGAGCGCGAUAUAAUCUUAUUAAGGACCCUUUUUCUUUAGAAGAGAAUGAGUGGUCGUUCGAAUGUUCACCCUUGACAAAGGCCAAUGGUGCCUCAGACACCAAGUUCGGGAACUGUGCCGAAACGUAUCCAUUCACGACCUUCUUCUGGAAAUGGGAGUUGAGCCCGACCCAGAAAGAGCAGCUCUACGGACUUGCGCUGCGGAGAGAUUACUUCCCUCCAAGGCCCAAAGACGUUGCCAAGAUCACUAGAAACAAGUUCAAUAUCCGUAUGGCAAACCAGCAUAUGGUACCGCCUUGCGAAAACUGUGCGGAGCUGAUAAGACUUGGGCAGGGAGACAAGUUGAAAUUUGACCCUGUCGUCAUCCCCCAAACUGAGUAG